AUGGUCCCGGCUCGGAACCGGCAGCCGCUCCUCCGCGACGCGCAUGCCACGCCCUGCGCCGCCGCCGCCGCGGCAGGCCUCCGCGUGACGCCGAUGGCUUCGAGCCACAUGGCACAGGAGCCCAUCGAUAAGCACCACAGCGAGCCGAUCAAGCCGCCGCCGCCGCCUCCGCUGCCGCAGGAAAGGCAUCAGCAGGCGGACCAAGACACGCGCCGCCACGCCCACGCGGAGCAGCAGCAUCUCACGCUGCGGCCGCUCCAACCCGCCGGCAGCAGCCACCAGGAGGCCGCGGGCACCAGCGGGAGCAGCGGCAACGGCGGGGCCGGGGACUGGCUCCGGCUCGGCCUAGCCCCGGCGUCCCCCGGCGCCGGAACGCCGCGCGGCGUCGUCUUCGCAGCACACCGCGCGGCGGAGCAGCCGCCGCCGCUGUCGUCGCAACCGCAACCGCGGACGACGACGACGACGGAGGCGCUACCGCCGUGGAUGGGCGUGCCACCGGGGCCGCUCCUGCACCAGGCCGCGCCCGGCAUUCCGCAGGCGUCGAUACCCCUGCCCGUGCCGCGCGCCGGGCCGCCCUGGCUGCCGCCGUGGAGCCCCUCCGCGUUGGCGCCACCGCCGCCGUCGCUGAUCCCCUUCGGGUUCGGGCACCGCGCGUUCUACACGCCCGGCGCCGGAGCCGGCGGCGCCUCCGGCCUCGACACGAUCAGGGUCGUCCUGCCGCCGUCGGCCGCCGCCGGCGUCUGGUUCGCACUCCAGGCCGCGCCGCACCAAGGGAGGGAGCCAUUCUUGCCUCAGAUUCCGAGAAGCUACCUACGGAUCAAGGACGGGAGGGUGACAGUCCGGCUGCUGAUCAAGUACCUGGCCGGCAAGCUUGGAUUGGAAGACGAAUCAGAGGUGGAGAUCACGUGCCGAGGGCGACAGCUCCCCGCGUUCCUGACCCUGCAGCAUGUCCGGGACGGCAUCUGGUGCCAGGGCGACGCUGCCGCCUCGCCGUCGGUGGUGCCGGACAUGUCAGCAGCUAACCACCUCAUGGUUUUGCAGUACGGCAGAAGACCCUAG